AUGGACAUCGCCGCCUCCUCACGCCGCUACUUCGCCAUGCCCUCGCCCACACCAGAGGAAAAGAUCUCCCUCCAAGCCUCCAACACAGUCUACACCUACCACUGCUUAUGCAGCCACCUCCUCCUCGCCACCACGACGCCCCUCCCCUCUCUCCCGACCCGCCAACACGCCCGCGACAAGGCACACAUCAUGCCGCUGCCCCCCGCUCCCACAGCGCCCACGCGUAGACCCUCUGCCGCAGCGCAGCAACCCUCACCCAUGGACCACUACGGCCUGCUUCUCUCCACGCACCAAGACCGCGACGCGGAGAUUAUCACGAGCGACGACGGCUUUGAAAAGCGCUACGUUCAGCGCUGUGGGCGCUGCAAUUUGGUCGUGGGGUACCAGCUGGAUUGGCAGCAGUUUGCGGCGGAUCGGACUGGGCGCCGGGACGACUGCGUCUUUCUCCUCCCGGGCGGCUUUGUCAAGACGGCGGAUAUGAUCAUGGGCAAGGCGGCUUCAGCUGGUACCGCUGGCGGUGGCAUCGGCACGAUGAGUGUUACGGAGGUCAAGGUGUAG